CCGCCGUCCGCCGACACACCGCUCACUGUGCGGGAGGCGCGUCACUGCCAUGGCGGCCGCUGGGGUGACGACGGUGACGGUGCUGGCCCCGAACGGGCGGCGGCAGCAGGUGAAGGUGGCGGCCGGCACCCGGCUGUUACAGGUUUUAGAAGAAGUGUGCAGAAAACAUAGUUUGGAUCCUGAGGAAUAUGCUCUCAAGUUCCAGAGAACAGUUUUGGAUUUGUCCCAGCAGUGGAGAUUUGCCAAUGUACCUAACAAUGCUAAAUUGGAGAUGGUUGCAGCUACACGUCAACGUGUUGGAACAGAGACCAAGGUUCGCAUCGCUUUACAGCUAGAAGAUGGGUCCAGACUUCAACAUGUCUUUCCUUCUAGUUUGACGCUGUGGAACCUACUUGAUCACUUUCCUCAGAGCAGGGUUGCUGAUCAGCAGCUGUUGGAAGCUAUUCCAGUCUGCGUUUAUAUGAGAGAUGAGAUAGCUGGUGAAUCUGCAUUGAAGAAAACUACCUUAAAGUCAAUUGGACUCAUUGAUGGUAGUGCCAUAAUUAGGUAUGUUUUGAAGAAACCCAGUGUGGAUGGGCAAGAUGACCUUAUGGAUUUGGUAGCAUCAUCUGAUGAGCACCCAGUGAAUAAAUCCAGCACUGUGGCGACUGGGGUUGUUGAUGGAGCUCCAGCUGAGUCGGACUCUGUUCAUUCUAUGGAUGAUUCUAACCCCAAAGAGCUGAUCCGAGAAGUCAACUCGAGCGGAACUGGGGAAGCAGUCGUAGAACAAAAGGACUUGACUCGAGAACCAAGUAAGGAGGCUGAAGCCACUUCCCAAAGGAAUGAAGGUGGAAAGGAAUCGCCAACAGAAAAGGUCAGGUCAGAGCCAUCAGAAAAGCCAUGUCACAGCACAGAAAAACCUGCCACUCCUGGGCCAGUUCACCCUCCUGAGCCAGACUCCAGUGCCUUGUCCAAAGAACAAAAUCAUAGUCCCGUCCAUCAUGAAAUUCCACUGGGUGAUCUGCAGCCAGACCAGUCAGAAGCAUGUGGCCAUCAGUUGACCACCAAUGAGCCACUGAGGGCAUCAGCAUCCGUUUCGUGUGCGGCUGGUCCACCGCAUCCAAAGAAAUCGAAAACUGUUCAAUCAUCCCCAGAGCGCCCAGAUGAUAUUCAGCCACUGAAGUCGGAGACCUGUGAAGUAUCCUCCACAAAGGAAUAUUUGAAGCCUGUUGACAGAGAGGCACUUGUUUACCAUUUGGAUAUGAAAAACCACCAUGUGCAAGUAGGUCCUGAACUUGAAGAGCUACCCGAUGAGUUCUUUCAAGUUACGGUGGAUGAUGUUAGAAAACGUUUUGCUCAACUGAAAAGUGCAAGGCAGUUUUUUGAAGAGGCCCCAUUGAUGACAAAAUCCAUGCGAGAUUCUCAAAUGAUAGAGAAGACAACACGCUAUCCAAAGGUUGUUCUAAGAGUGCAGUUCCCCGAUAGACACGUCCUGCAGGGUUUCUUCAGACCGCUUGAAACAGUUGGGGCACUGAUGGAAUUUGUGAAGAUGCAUCUGAAAGAGCCGGGUUUAUCAUUUUAUUUAUUUAAAACACCGCCUAAAGAUCUCCUCAGUGAUCCAAUGGUCACAUUGUUCCAGGCAAACUUAUUUCCUGCAGCUCUUGUCCACUUUGGCUCUGAAGUUAGAAUGGAUCACUACUUGUGUGAAGAGUUCCUGAAGCCACCCAUCUCUGUUUCUCAGGCAGACCUUGCUUUAAUCAGCUCCAUCUCCAGGAAUGCAGCCCCUUCCACCAGUUCGCUGCCUUCAGAUGCAGAGCUUCAACCCUGUGCCAGCAGCCUGCAGGACGAGGAGACGAGGAGCGAAGCGGGGACAGCGGCAUCAGCAUCGGGCUCCAAGCCAGCUCCCCCGAACAAAGUGCCCAAAUGGCUCAAGCUGCCAGGAAAACCCUAAGAUGAAGAGGAAUCUCGGAAGGUGCAGAUUAACUUGUGGGGCAAAUAACCUUGGUUGCUUCGCCUGGAAAGAACUUCUUUUUUUUCUUGCUGCUUUUUUUUUCCCUGAAGAAUUGAAUGAUCUGAAAUGUAUUAAUCGUGUAAAAGAUUUGUUCCUAGAUUAGCAAGGGUUUUGCAAUAAAACAAAUUGAAACUCAGCACAAAUGGAGCUGCUUUGUGAAACGCUUCCGUUAUUAUGCUUGAAAUUAAAAAAUGACUGCCAGAAAAUAA